AUGACUUCGAUGGAGAAGGCACAACCGAAGCAAGUUCCCACCGACGAGAAACAACGCGAUCUCAUUAAAAGUAAGAUUCUUAGAGAAGGUCAUAUCGUCCCGAGAAACAUUUUUCGCCCGCUUUCAGAGCAACGAGAAGCCGCUAAAAAAGCUGAUGAGGAUCACCGCAACAAACUGAAACACUUCAAAGAAAAAACCGCACAGGUCAUGGAACAGUUCCUGAAAGACGCCAAGAACCCCAGUUUCAAUUUCAAACCCGUUCCCAAAAUUUAUCGUGCCAUCAUACACGACGUCGCAGAAACUAAACGACUGCCGGCCUAUUCCUUCGGAGAGGAAGACAUCGAUCGACACGUCGUUAUCUUCAAACCCGAACAUGCGCCAUGCGAAGAUCAUCUCGCGUGUCUGAGGAGAGGCGAGGUGUGGAAUCCGUUGAAAGCGGAAGAGCAGAAGGCUCUGCGCGAGCAGAUGGAGAAAGAUCGGGAGCAGGCUGAGUGGUUGCAGAAGCUCCGCAAAUCGAAAGGCGAUGCGGGCUCAUCAGACUGCGCUAGCGAUAAAUACAAAGCGAAAUACGAGAAGUACCUGGGGAAAGAAGCUGGUCUCGAAGCCGCGAGAAUCGCACAGCCGAACAAGCAGUUCGGUUUCGUUCCUUCCGAAAAUAAGAAAGAUGCGAGAACAAUAGAACAGGUUCUGGCGGACAACCGCGCCAAACGGCGGAGAAUCGAAGAAGUCCCCGCAAAUGACGAGGAAGAUCGCACCGAAAGCCUCCCUCAGCACUAGAUGAGGAUAAUUACUGCAUCGUUGGUCGGACUAGACUAGGCUACCCGACGCUAGAAUUAAUCAUUGUCGGGAGUCCAAAGAGAAGUUUCCGCUACUGAAAACUCGAAAUCAGCGAGAGCUAAAGGAACAGCUCCCGGGCAAGGAUCGAGUGUCAACCCCCAGUGCGGAAUAAGGAAUCUCGUGAUCAACUUGUCAGUCUAUCCGAGCGGACAUCUACGGAGCACAGACUCCAGAGCACCUCCGACCUAUUUGAUUGAUUUCCGCCUGCAUUCGGUAACUUCGUCUCGAGGGACUGGGGUAGCUAGCUCAAGAAAUCAUUGCUACGCCGAUCGAGUUUUCGCGACAAUUACACUGAAAUUGAGACGCACACCUUUGAAGCAGCUCUCGGCAUAUAAUUUCACCGCAAUCC